AUGGCUAGCCUACAUUCAGCACUCAAAGCCACAAACUGUGCAGUAGAAAACAUAUUUCCUGAACACGAUGAUCCAACUAUAUGCCCUGCAUGUCACAAGCGCUUAAAGACAGCACAGGGAGUACAAGCCCACCUGCGAUCAGCCAAGAGUUGUACAUGGUACAAGAUGGAAAAACUGAAGGCCCUGUCCAUGCCUGGUCAAUUUGAGGAAGAGGUGGUGUCCCAAGACUUACCAGACACUGAUACUCUACCAGAGGGGUUACCAGAAGAACAUUUUUUGCCAGAUGAUGAUGUAUCUGAUCAGAUGGAACCUCAAGAUGUCAUGGAGGGUUUCCAUGAAGAAUUAUUUCAACUCAUUCCAGCUCACGAUGUCGAUAUGGAUGCUCCUGGACCUUCUAACCUAUCAAAUGAUGAUGAUGACCGAUUGACUGAGGAGCACCCUACUGCUGGUCAGCAUAUAUGCAUAGUGUCCAUGCUUUAUGAGCGCUGGAAAAAACUCUUUGGAGGAAGAUCAGAAGUCAUUGAGGACCAGGACAUUAAUAUGGAGGAUGAGGAUGGUGCGAGUCAUAAAUUUACACCCUUUGCAUCUGAGCUGGACUGGAGAAUUGCGAGGGCUGUCAUACCAUAA